GAUUCGCAAGUGGAACACAUCUUCAGCUUGUUGUUGCAGAACAUUCUCACGAAGAAGAACAAGGCAUCUUCCCGGACGAGCAAGAUGGAAGACGCAGAUCUGCAAGCGAUCCGGCAGGCCAGGUUGGCCGAGCUGAGGGGCGGCGGCGGAGGCGGCAGCGGCAGCGGAGGUCCCUCAUCGUCCUUUCUCGAUUCUCUCGGGGCAAGACCGCAAGGCGGACGGGUGGGCGGAGGAGCCGGAGGCGGUAGUGGUGGAGGCGGAGGUCCGUCGGACGAGCAGCUUGCGCAACAGGAAGAGAUGAUGCGUGAAAUGCUCAGCAAGAUUUUGGAUACCGAUGCAAGGGAGCGAUUGUCACGGAUAGCCCUCGUCAAGCCGCAAAAGUCACAAGCGAUUACCGACCUGCUCUUACGCAUGGCGCAGUCGGGGCAGCUACGGCAGCGUGUUACGGAGGACCAGCUGAUCGGUCUUCUAGACCAAGUUGAUCAGUCGCAGAGCGGCGCAAAUGAACCCAAGAUCACGUUUACGCGCAAAAAGCAAAUGGUAGCGGAUGACGAUGACGACUUCGACUUGUAAGCAUGGCGUCAGGGCUCUGCUGGCGGCACCAUUGCGUGCAAUUGUAAGUUACGAAGUGAAGAUGCUAGGCUACAAGCGGCUAUGCAGAAGUUCUGGGUUCGUCGAUGCUGAGAAGGGUCUGCUGAGAGCGACACAAGGGUCGUCAGCUCGCUGCGAUCUUCAAGGCACCGAAAAGUUCUAGGAGGAAGGUUCAGACGUUGUAGAAUCAUCAUGCAGCCUCCACCAGAGCACCGCCGGCAAGCGGGCCCCUUUGACAUGCCUCGAAAGACAAGGGUGAGGCCACGAACAGGCGCAAAUUACAAAAGUACCAUCAUGUAUUCCUGGAAGGAAUUGGAAAGCACGGGACGCGACAACUCACUGAGACGUAGAGAG